UUCCCCUUUUUCCCAGUGGUUGUGUCUAUCUAUUUUCCAAUUGCGUUCUUUAAAAUUCAAUAAAAGUGAUUAAUCCAUAAGCUAACUAUUUGUUUCGCAACAAGAAUCGAUGCGGCCCCUUCAUUUUAUUUUAUUUUAAAUUAAAAAAAAUCUCUUCUUUAUUUCUUGUAAAGAAAAAAAGAAGAAAAAAAUGACAGAGAAGUUUGUUUACUCAGAUGUAGAUACUCUAUUUUGCAAGUUCAGGUAACUUGUUACCGCUUGACUUGCAGCGAAUUCAAUGUGCUAAUCAAAUACCUUUCUUUUAUUUUUUAAUUCUAAGUUUUGUAAUCAUUAGUGAAAUAAUUUAUCUUUUAACGAGAUAAAGGGAAAGUUGAAUUUUAUUUGAACCCAUUGCUCAGAAGUCCACUGAAAACAUGCCUUCCAGCCGGAUAGCAAAAUCCUUCAUAGUUCUUCAACUUACGCAGCUGAAUAUUGGCUGUUAUGCAGAAUGUCGCUGUGGAAAAAAAUCAAGCUAUUGGGAUACUGUUAAAGAAACCGUUAGUGGGGCAUCAAAAAGUGAACUUUUACUGUAUGGAGUUAAAACAGCCGCCGUUGCUGGCGCUGCUGUGGUGGCGACUCCUCUUUUGGUUUCAGCUGCUGGUUUUGGAGCUGGUGGAAUAGCAGCUGGAUCUGCAGCAGCAGCUGUUCAGUCAGCUUGGUUUGGUGGAACGAUUAGUGGCAUCACUGGUACUGCGUUCGCCGCUUUGCAAAGCAUCGGUGCUGCUGGGCUAGGAUUUGUUGGUAAGACUGCUGUCGUCAGUUCCAGUGGCCUUGCUGUGAAGGUUUAUGACGCAAUUAAGGGCGGAUCUGAUGAUGAAAACUGUGACUGUUGUACCGAAAUUCAACCGCGGAAUUAGUACUCCUUUGCACUUUUGUAUGUGUUUUAAAGAUGUCAAGUAUACAUGAUAAAAAUGUUUCUGCUAUGUUAAAUUAUUUCAAAAAACAUAACUGAAAUAAACAUGGUCAUAAACCUUUCUUUUAAACGGUUCCAUUUAGAACAAUGAUAUACAAGUAUUUAAUAAAUUAUUUUUGAGAUAAA